AUGUCGAGCGAGGAUGAAAUUGGAUCUGAAACGUUUCUACCUUGGCCACAUUUGUGUGUAUCUAAACAAGUAUCGCAAGAAAGAACGUGGGAAGGAAACUUGCGGUAUCGGAAACAUUAUUCAGAAUCACAUUUUGUAUCACUUCUCGGAAGGUUUCUCAUUCCCAUCAAUGUCAUUACCGACACUAUUAUCAAUGACAUUAUGUUUAAUGAGAAGAAUAUUUGGGUGUUGAUGGGAUCAAAACGACACGUUUCUGAUGAAAGUGAAAUUAAUUAG